CUCAUCUUCGGGCUCUUGCGACGCCCCUCUUGCGUCCAACUUGAAGAAUGCUGUUUUGCUACACAUGGAUUCUCUCGUCUCUCUUUCAGAGGCUCAGGGAAGGUCUCCAAGGUCAGAGAAGAGGCGACUGAGCGAUUCCGGUCUUGCAAACGCGGUCAAGAGCUUGGUCAUCGACCGAGUGCGCAGAACGCAGAGCCGCGAGCGAUCACUGCGUUCUAGGAGCGGGUCUCUUGAUUCCCGUGCUGCACCGCCAGGCUAUGAAAACGUGUUCCACACUGAAAACGACGAUGUUUUCGACAGCGAAGAGGUACACGUACCGUCGCUCUUGGUUACUGGGGUCGCUUUGCUCAAAGUCAACGCGAAGAACAUCAAGCAACGUGUUUUCAGGAUUGACCCAGAUCGUGGACUCAUCCUCUGGGAGUCCAAGAAGUCUGGAAUUGUGGUAAUCGAGAAUAUCAAGGAAAUUCGCACAAAUGGACCCUUAUCAGCAGGGACAGCAGCCUAUUAUCGCUUACACAACCCGUACUUCAUCUCCAUCAUCUACGUCAUGGGAGGCAAGUACCGUGCUCUCAACCUGAUCGCGCCUACCGCAGAACUGCGGCACACGUGGAUAAUCACUCUCCGAGCCCUUGUGAGGGAGAGACGUGAGAUGCUCGGUCUCCCCCUCCCUUUGACGAUCGGUCUGGACGAGAGUUAUGGCAGCCACUCUGACGGGAAGACGAGCGACGUAUUGGAUGCGUGGGAGAGAAGACGCAAGGCAUGGCUGCGCCGUUGCUGGAGGAGCGCGGACGCAGACCGUUCUGGAUACCUGGAGUUCCGAGAGAUAGAGGCACUAUGCGCGCGAUUGAGUGUCAAUAGCUCCAAAAGCGACCUCAAGGGAAUGUUUGAGGAGGCUGACACUACCCAUCGUGGCUCGCUCGAUUUUCCAGAUUUUCAGAGGUUCAUCGCCCUCCUUCGACGCAGGCCCGAAGUACAACGGAUCUAUAAGCAUCUGCUUCAGCAAUGCAAUUCUGCGGCAUUCACGUGGGAUGUCUUCCUCUAUUUCAUGCGGAUGUCGCAGGAGGACACUCGAUCGGAGGAAGGACUUCGCACUAUUUUCGAACGCUACGCCAUACACUACUUAUCUGCCCCUAAUACAACCGAUGAAUUCCCAACACGCACUAGCACACCCCUACCUCCCGCUUUCAUGCCCGAAAACACGUUGCAUCUCUCCAUCGCAUCUUUCAGUUCGUUUCUUCUCUCACUAGACAAUUCCCCCAUGGUCGAUUCCUCGACGGUCGUCACGCACCCGAUGGAUCGACCACUUGCAGAAUACUUCAUAUCAUCAUCACAUAAUACUUAUCUUAUCGGACAUCAAUUGGUCGGGGAAUCUUCGGUCGAAGGAUAUAUACGUGCGCUUCUUAGUGGAUGCCGAACUGUCGAAAUGGAUCUGUACGAUGGUGACCUGGAUCCAAUCGUCACCCACGGCAGAACCCUCACGUCGAACGUGUCUGUACGGGAUGUCUGUCAUGCAAUUGCCAAGUACGCGUUCGUGGCAUCCCCAUACCCUGUCAUCAUUUCCGCCGAAAUCCACCUCAGCCUCAAGCAGCAGGAUGCGGUAGUAGAGAUCAUGAAGGGCAUCUUUGGGGAUAUGCUGAUUCAAACACACUUAUCGGAGCAGCCAUUAACACACCUGCCAAGUCCAGAAGAGCUCAAAUAUCGCAUUCUUCUGAAGGCGAAGAAUAUCUACAUCACAACAUCAUCAAGCGGAGAGGUUCAGCAGAUAGAAUUGAAAACAAUAUCAACAGAGGAAGAGAUUUCGGCCACUGAAUUGAGCUCAUUGUCAGAUCCGGAUGCACUACCUCCAACGCCGCCCCCAGUUUACACCCCCCUGACCUCGCCAAACAACAAGUCUAUGCUAACGAAUUUUCUUCCCAUGCGACUAAAAAAAAGUUCUUCCGAUUCAGCCUCUAAUGCAGGGGAAGAAAUGUCUCCAAGGUCAUCCAUCUUAGAAGGCUCCCAGAUUGUUUCGGAACCUCUACCAUCCGAGGCGCCGUCCCUUCCGCCAUCCACCAGCCAGACUCCGAAAAUGUCCCCUCAUCUCCUGGCAUUGCUCGUCUACACCGUCGGCGUUCGCUGGCGAGGUCUCAACAAGAAAGAGCACUACGCUGUGGAGCACAUGUUCUCCCUUUCAGAACGCGCCGCUAACAAGCUCAUGCGCACGAGCAUGUGUGAACUUAUCAAACACAACCGGUCGCACCUCACGCGCAUAUACCCAGCCGGUACGCGCCUGUCAUCUACAAACUUUGAGCCACACAAAUUCUGGGCAUCCGGAGCUCAGCUUGUUGCUCUCAAUUGGCAGACACCCGACUUGGGCCUGAUGAUCAACUCGGCGAUGUUCAACCGGAACGGUCGGUGUGGGUAUGUGCUCAAGCCGCCCGCUCUACGGAUUAAGGACAAGACGCUUCUGUCAAAGCGGGAGAAGCUCGAAUUCGCCGUAACUAUCAUUUCUGGCCAACAGUUGCCUCGCAAAGGCGACGAGGCUCGGCUGAACAAAGCGGGUGGAAAGGCUCCCGCUGAUCUGUUUGUAGAAGUAUCGCUUCACCUGCCCGAGUGGCAAGCAAACCUAACAGAAACCUCCUUUGCCCGGCCUCCCGCAAGCAGUAGCACGGCGAAAACCCAAUCCCUGCGCACCGCAGUAGUGCACGACAACGGUUUCAGCCCGAUUUGGGAAGCCCGCUUAUCGUUCACGUUUGACUGCGUGGGUGAUAUGAAAGACGUCGUCUUCGUGUCUUUCGCAGUGCGCGACACGGCCGAUACGGACGACGACGCCCCUCUCGCGGUGUACGUCACGUCCCUCGCUAACCUGCGCCCGGGGUACCGCCAUCUCCCGCUGCAUGAUGUCCAGAUGUCGCCGUACCUUUUCUCUACGCUGUUUGUCCAUACGGCUGUGAGGGUCGUGCCUUGA